GGGAUUGCCCCUCCCCCUCCUCCAAGUGCCGUUUCGGUUUAACCUAGUGUGUGACUGAGUCUGUGAGGGAGCGAGUGAGUGUGUGAGGUGUUGAGGUGAGGAGGAGGCAGGAAAAGGAGCUCCCUCAGGAACGAGGGACAAAGGGGGUGUGAGGCCCCUAGGCCGCGGAACCCGAGCGACAGGAAGCCACCCGAGCCGGGCUACCGGGUAGGGGGAAGGCCCGCGUAGUCCUCACAGGGCUUUAGAGCUGAAGUCGGCCCUACAGCCCCGGGCCGUCGGCUUCCUACUUCCUCGACCUCCCCGGCCCCCGGGACCGAGGACUGGCUCUGCGUGGGGAGGAGGGCAAACGGACUUGAGCGGCUGCCGGUUGUCUCGCAACUCCGCUGCUGAGGAACUCUCGUUUCUUCCCUGGCUCCUUCACCCUCAUGUAGGAGGGUGCCGAGGAGUCGGGAGGGAGGAGGAGCCUGCGCCGCGGUCUCUUCCCUCCCAACCCCCUUCUACGAGCGCUUUGGUAGGCGUGGGGUUGGGGUUGGGGGGAGGGUGGGGGCUACUUUUUGGAGUGCUGGGGAACUUUUCCCCCCUUUUGAGGCCAGGGGAAAGGGGAUGCCCAAUCCAGAGAGACAUGGGGGCAAGAAGGACGGGAGUGGAGGAGCUUCUGGAACUUUGCAGCCGUCAUCGGGAGGUGGCAGCUCCAACAGCAGAGAGCGUCACCGCUUGGUGUCGAAGCACAAGCGGCACAAGUCCAAGCACUCCAAAGACAUGGGGUUGGUGACCCCCGAAGCAGCACCUUUGGGUACAAUGAUCAAACCUUUGGUGGAGUAUGAUGACAUCAGCUCUGAUUCAGACACCUUCUCUGACGACAUAGUCUUGAAAACAGACAGGCGGGAGAAUGAUGAACGUCGUGGAACUGAUCGAAGUGACCGCUUGCACAAACAUCGUCACCACCAGCACAGACGUUCCCGGGAUUUACUAAAAAGUAAACAGACAGAAAAAGAAAAAACCCAGGAAGUUUCCAGCAAGUCGGGAUCGAUGAAGGACCGGAUAUCAGGAAGUUCAAAGCGUUCCAAUGAGGAAAAUGAUGACUAUGGGAAGGCACAGAUUUCCAAAAGCAGCAGCAACAAGGAAUCCAGGUCAUCCAAACUGCACAAGGAGAAGGCCCGGAAAGAACGUGAGUUGAAGGCUGGGCACAAAGACCGGAGUAAAAGUCAUCGGAAAAGGGAAACACCCAAAAGUUAUAAAACAGUGGACAGCCCCAAACGGAGAUCCAGGAGUCCCCACAGGAAAUGGUCUGAUAGCCCCAAGCAAGAUGAUAGCCCCUCAGGAGCUUCGUAUGGCCAAGAUUAUGAUCUUAGUCCCCCAAGAUCUCACACCUCCAGCAAUUAUGACUCGUACAAGAAAAGUCCUGGAAGUACCUCAAGAAGGCAGUCUAUUAGCCCACCUUACAAGGAGCCUUCGGCCUACCAGUCCAGCACCCGGUCACCCAGUCCCUACAGUAGACGGCAGAGGUCUGUGAGUCCCUACAGCCGGAGACGGUCGUCCAGUUAUGAAAGGAGUGGCUCUUACAGUGGGAGGUCACCCAGUCCCUAUGGUCGAAGGAGGUCCAGUAGCCCUUUCACCAGCAAACGUUCUCUGAGUCGGAGUCCACUCCCCAGGAAAUCCUUGAAGUCUAGAAGUAGAAGUCCCGCAUAUUCAAGACACUCAUCUUCUCAUAGUAAAAAGAAGAGAUCCGGGUCACGUAGUCGACAUUCCAGUAUCUCACCUGUCAGGCUUCCAUUGAACUCCAGCUUGGGAGCUGAACUCAGUAGGAAGAAGAAGGAAAGAGCAGCAGCUGCUGCUGCAGCAAAAAUGGAUGGAAAGGAAUCCAAGGGUUCACCUAUUAUUUUGGCUAGAAAAGAGAACAGUUCAGUAGAAGCUAAGGAUACAGGUUUGGAGUCUAAAAAGUUACCCAGAGGUUUAAAAUUGGAAAAAUCUGCCCCAGAUACUGAACUAAUGAAUGUAACACAUCUAAACGCAGAGGCCAAAAAUUCUUUAGAUACAGGAAAGGUAAAGGUGGAUGAGAACUCUGAGAAGCAUCCUGUUCUUAAAGAUUUGAAAGUAGAGGGAACAAAAGACUCUAAACCAAUGGUGUUGAAGGAGGAGAUUGUUACUCCAAAAGACACAGAGACAUGAAAGGAGACCCUUCCGCCUCUCCCCACAGUUUCUUCUCCACCUCCUUUACCAACUACUACCCCUCCUCAGACACCCCCUUUGCCACCUUUACCUCCACCAGCUGUUCCACAGCAACCACCUCUGCCUCCUCCCCAACCAGCAUUUAGUCAGGUUCCUGUUUCUAGCACUUCAGCUUUGCCCCCUUCUACUCACCCAAGGACAUCUGCUCUGUCCUCUCAGGCAAAUUCUCAGCCCCCUGUACAGGUUUCUAUGAAGACUCAAUUAUCUGUAACAGCUGCUAUUCCACACCUAAAAACAUCAACGUUGCCUCCUCUGCCCCUCCCACCCUUACUACUUGGAGAAGAUGACAUGGAUAGUCCAAAAGAAACUCUGCCUUCAAAACCAGUAAAGAAGGAGAAGGAACAAAGGCCACGUCACUUACUCACGGACCUCCCUCACCCUCCAGAGCUUCCUGGUGGGGAUCCAUCUCCUCCAGACUCUCCAGCAAAGGCAGUCACACCACCUCAACAACCAUAUAAAAAAGACCAAAGUGAAAUUUGUUGUCCUCGUUACGGAGAAAGAAGACAAACAGAAAGUGAUUGGGGAAAACGCUGUGUGGACAAGUUUGACAUUAUUGGGAUUAUUGGAGAGGGAACCUAUGGCCAAGUAUAUAAAGCCAAGGACAAAGACACAGGAGAGCUAGUGGCCCUGAAGAAGGUGAGACUAGACAAUGAGAAAGAAGGCUUCCCAAUCACAGCCAUUCGUGAAAUCAAAAUUCUUCGUCAGCUAAUCCACCGAAGUGUUGUGAACAUGAAGGAAAUUGUCACAGAUAAACAAGAUGCACUGGAUUUCAAGAAGGACAAAGGUGCCUUUUACCUUGUAUUUGAGUAUAUGGACCAUGACUUAAUGGGACUGCUAGAAUCUGGUUUGGUGCACUUUUCUGAGGAUCAUAUCAAGUCAUUCAUGAAACAGCUAAUGGAAGGAUUGGAUUACUGUCAUAAAAAGAAUUUCCUGCAUCGGGAUAUUAAGUGUUCUAACAUUUUGCUGAACAACAGCGGGCAGAUCAAACUAGCAGAUUUUGGACUUGCUCGGCUCUAUAACUCUGAAGAAAGUCGCCCUUAUACAAAUAAAGUCAUCACUCUGUGGUACCGACCUCCAGAACUUCUGCUGGGAGAGGAGCGUUAUACACCAGCCAUAGAUGUUUGGAGCUGUGGAUGCAUCCUUGGGGAACUGUUUACAAAGAAGCCUAUAUUUCAAGCCAACCUGGAACUGGCUCAGCUAGAACUGAUCAGUCGACUCUGUGGUAGCCCUUGUCCAGCUGUGUGGCCUGAUGUUAUCAAGCUGCCCUAUUUCAAUACCAUGAAACCGAAGAAGCAAUAUAGAAGGCGUCUACGAGAAGAAUUCUCUUUCAUUCCUUCAGCAGCACUGGAUUUACUGGACCACAUGCUGACACUAGAUCCUAGCAAACGUUGCACAGCUGAACAGACCCUACAGAGUGACUUCCUUAAAGAUGUUGACCUCAGUAAAAUGGAUCCUCCAGAUCUCCCCCACUGGCAGGAUUGCCAUGAAUUAUGGAGUAAGAAACGGCGACGGCAGCGACAAAGUGGUGUUGUGGUAGAAGAGCCACCUCCAUCCAAAACCUCUCGAAAAGAAACUACCUCAGGGACAAGUGCUGAGCCUGUGAAGAAUAGCAGUCCAGCACCACCUCAGCCUGCUCCUGGCAAGGUGGAGCCUGGGGCUGGGGAUGCAAUAGGCCUCGGUGACAUCACACAACAAUUGAAUCAAAGUGAAUUGGCAGUGUUAUUGAACCUGCUGCAGAGCCAAACUGACCUAAGCAUCCCUCAGAUGGCGCAGCUGCUUAAUAUCCACUCCAACCCUGAGAUACAGCAGCAGCUGGAGGCCCUGAACCAAUCUCUCAAUGCCCUAACGGAAGCCACUUCCCAGCAGCAGGACUCGGAGCCCAUGGCCCCAGAGGAGUCUUUGAAGGAGGCACCCCCUGCUCCAGUGGUCCAGCCGUCAGCAGAACAGAAGACCCCUGAAGCUUCAAGCACACCAGCUGACAUGCAGAAUAUGUUGGCAGUUCUCUUGAGUCAGCUGAUGAAAACCCAGGAGCCAGCAGGCAACCUGGAGGAAAACAACAGUGACAGAAACAGUGGGCCACAGGGGCCCCGAAGAACUCCCACAAUGCCACAGGAGGAGGCAGCAGAGAAGAGGCCCCCUGAGCCCCCUGGACCUCCACCGCCGCCACCUCCACCCCCUCUGGUUGAAGGCGAUCUUUCCAGCGCCCCCCAGGAGUUGAACCCAGCCGUGACAGCCGCCUUGCUGCAACUUUUAUCCCAGCCUGAAGCAGAGCCUUCUGGCCGCCUGCCACAUGAGCACCAGGCCAUGAGACCAAUGGAAUACUCCACCCGACCCCAUCCCAACAGGACUUAUGGAAACACUGAUGGGCCCGAAACAGGGUUCAGUGCCACUGACACUGAUGAACGCAACUCGGGUCCAGCUGUGACAGAAUCCUUGGCCCAGACCCUGGUGAAGAACAGGACCUUCUCAGGCUCUGUGAGCCACCUUGGGGAGUCCAGCAGUUACCAGGGUACAGGGUCAGUGCAGUUUCCAGGGGACCAGGACCUCCGUUUUGCCAGGGUCCCCUUAGCAAUACACUCAGUGGUCGGGCAACCAUUCCUGAAGGCUGAGGGAAGCAGCAACUCUGUGGCACAUGCAGAGACCAAAUUGCAAAACUAUGGGGAGCUGGGACCUGGAACCAGUGGAGCCAGCAGCUCAGGAGCAGGCCUUAGCUGGGGGGUCCCAGCUCAGUCUUCUGCUUAUGGAAAACUCUAUCGGGGUCCUACAAGAGUCCCGCCAAGAGGGGGAAGAGGGAGAGGAGUUCCUUACUAAUCCAGAGAGACUUCAGUGUCCUGAAAGAUUCCUUCCCUGUCCAUCUUCCAUCCAGUCCUCUGAACCUUUAAUGAAAUCAUUUGCCAGAGUGAGGUAAUCAUCUGCAUUUGGCUACUUCAAAGCUAUCCAUUGUAUUCCUUGCUCACUUGCUACUAAGCAGGCGACUUCCAAAAUAAUGAUGUUGGCACCAGUUCCCCCUGGAUGGGUUAGAGCCAGAACAUUUACUUCAACUCUACCUAGUAGAUACAAGUAGAGAAUAUGGAGAGGGCCAUUAAAUUGACAAGUAAAUGCUUUAUUAGUUCAUUGCCUGCACUUCUUUGAGCAGAAGAAAAAGAAAACAGUUUCAGUUUUGAGAUGGCUCAGGAGAGACUCUCUUUAGGUUUUUAAAGUUUUGGAUUUUUUUUUAAUAGUUCUUUUCGAUUUAGUACUUUGUUUUGUUUUAUAUUUUAAAGAGAAUAGUGUUCACAAAAUUUGAGCUGCUCUUAGGCUUUUGCUGUAAGGGAAAAAAGUGAUUGGCUGAUUGAAAUAAAUGUUUCCUUCCUCUCUACCACGUCACAUUUUUGCUUUCAAGUAAACUCUUUUUUUCCCCCAUUGAGCAUCUUAAACAUUCCUUUUUUCCAAAUAAAUUACUCAGCCUUAAAGUUUGUUCUGCUUUGGCAAAAGACAUGCCCUCACUCCCUGCAUUUGAAGCAGGCUGCAGAAAGUGGCAUUCUUGGGCAAGUAGGUAGACUUUACCCCAUCUUUUCCCUUUUUCACCCUGACUAUAGAGUUUUUCUUUUUCUGUCUCUCUUUUCGAGACAUUUGUUUGGAAAAAAUUGUUGAGAUGCCCAAGAACCUGGGAUAAUUCUUUACCUUUUUUGAAAUAAAGGAAAGGAAAUUCAAACUCCUAUAUUGUUCUCUGUAACUCUUCAAUUCUGAAUUUUUUUUUUUUUAAACCAUGCUCUGAUGGUGAAGUUGAUUUAUAAAUGCAGACAGCCUAGGCCAUUGCUGCUGAGCUGGGGUUAGAGAUUGAUUAUGCCUUCACACUUAGAGGGCCAGUAAGAGCAGUUAGCAUACUGUUUACACAUAUAUUUUUAUGUCAAAAAUAACCCCUUUUGAAACAGCAUUGUAAUAUUGUCAAAAUGAAAAAAAUCCUGAAAAAUACAUGGAAAUAUAACUUAGUUUAGGGUGGGUAUUUUUCUGAAGAUAUAUCAAUACCCAAGACCUUCUUAAAAAAUAACUUGAAAAGAGCAGACCAUGAGAAAGAAUAGUAUUGACAUAUACAUAUCUCAGCAUGUAUAUCCUGCCAGUUCUUUUAGGAUUUUCCUCUGGAGAGUUUUGGUUUUGGUUUUGGUAAAAAGGGUUAAAUUAUGAUUUCAUGGCAAGAGUUUUUCUUUAUUAUAAACAGGAAAUGGAAAAGGGAAAAGCUUCAGGGUGGGAUAACUUGGGAAACUUCUCAUUCUGGCUUCCAUUUCUCUGUGAGUACCAGCAUAUAAUGUGUUUAAAAACAUGCACAUUCAUAUAAAUUAUCUGCACAGGCUUAGACAUUGGUGAAACAUAGCUUAGCUCCCUCUUUUACAAAGAAAAGGCAAAUGUGCUUCAGCAUCUUGAAGAAUAGUUUUCAGAACUAAAGUGAAGUUUCAUGUUUUAAUGCCAAAUUCUUAUAUUAAAAAAUUAAAAACUACUUGUAAGAGAAAGAUGCACUAAUAAAACACUUUAGAGAAAUGAAAGAAGAACCCUCUUCAGAUAUUUACACGAAGACUAUUUUUCCCCAUCACUGAAAUUGGUAGAUUUAUGGUGUGUGUAUUUCUUUAUCAUUCUCUGGGUUUUGGUCUGGCCUUGCCCUCAGGGCCAAACAUUGAUUAGAAAGAACCUUCCAGCCAUUUUGGCAUUGAUGACUUUUUAUACCAGUGGUGUCCAAUUAGCUUUGCUAGGCUCACUGAUAAGGUAUUGGUAAAUUGCAUUCAAGUUUAUCUGAACCUUUUGUCUGUUGACUUCUUAGUCUUCGGACGUGGCCCUUUGUAUUUUAGAAUAUUUGAAUUUGAGGCAUUGGGUCCCAUUCCCAUUUUUGAUUAAAGAACUCAAAAGUAUCCAGUGGAAAAAAAUUGGUUUCCCACCAAAUAUGAAUAAAAAAUGUCUAUAUAUUUUAAUUAUAUUUUGGUUAUCAUCAGUCAUCAAUAAUGUUUUUCCCUUCCCACCUCUUAUUUUUAAUUAUGCCAAAUAUUCUAAAUAAUAUCCCUAAGGCUCCAUUCACCCAUCCCUGCUACUAGGGAAGGGGGUGAGUGUAUGUGUGCGUGUGUAUGUGUGUGCAUGAUUCCAUCUCACCCCCAGCCCCCAUUUUGGGAGUCUAACCUUAAAGUGAAAAAGAAAAAAAUGUUUGGUAAUUUUGACUGUUUCUAAAAGCAGAGGAAAAAAGAAACUCACUUAAGUAUCCUGGAAUCUGUGUGGAGGAAGAAAAGGUAUUUGUUAAUUUUUCAGCUGUGUUUUCUAUAAACGUGAUGGAAGUAAAGGUUUGGCAGAAUUUCAACU